AGCGCUAGAUGGGGUGAUAUAUUAGCGAGACUGGGAGGUUUUAACCUUAAGUGGGAGGAGCUCGGUUUAACUACAGGCAUUUGUUCUAGGGCAGGUCGCUUUAAUCUCUUUAGCUUGAAACUAUCCAACUCGCAACCCGCAUUUUUCUACCAGGGAUCUUUACCACUUUCAUGCAUACGCGGUUGGACCGGUGCAGCUAUUGCAAAGCAAAGACAAUCGGGCUUCUAGGCAUUUCUCAAAGCUCUUCUUCUGACUUUGAAAAUAACAAUAAAGUAAAGCAAUCCAUAACUAGUACUAAGUGGAUUUUCAGAUCUUGAUCUAUCUAUCUAUAUAUAUUGUGGAAUAAACACCUGCAUAAACCAAAAUCAACCCAGCCUCCUUGCCAUGGAUUCCUUUAAAGGUGGGAUGAAUUUGGAAAGACUGCCAGAGAGUUUAAGACCCCAGCCUUCCCAUGACAUGGCUUCCAGCUUCCAUUUGCAAAGAUCUUCUGAAUCCAGAGAUCCAAUUGAGAAUUCAGCCAGUGAAUCGUCAGAUACAGAAGUCCCAGAAAAAGACCGGAGCGGCGAACAGAAGAGCGAAGAUGGAAACCCGGACGAUCCGGCGAAGAAGAAGAAACAGAGGCGGCAAAGAACUCACUUCACCAGCCAGCAGCUGCAGGAACUGGAAGCCACUUUCCAGAGGAACCGCUACCCGGACAUGAGCAUGAGAGAGGAGAUUGCUGUGUGGACCAAUCUCACCGAGCCCAGAGUCAGGGUCUGGUUCAAAAACCGCCGAGCCAAGUGGAGAAAGCGGGAGCGCAACCAGCAGAUGGACCUGUGCAAGAACGGCUACGUGCCCCAGUUCAGCGGCCUCAUGCAGCCCUACGAUGACAUGUACGCCGGCUACCCCUACAACAACUGGGCCACCAAGAGCCUGACCCCGGCGCCGCUCUCCACCAAGAGCUUCACCUUCUUCAACUCCAUGAGCCCCCUGUCCUCGCAGUCCAUGUUCUCCGCCCCCAGCACCAUCUCCUCCAUGAGCAUGCCCUCCAGCAUGGGCCACUCGGCCGUGCCCGGCAUGGCCAACGCCAACCUCAACAACAUCAACAACCUCAGCAACAUCAGCGGCUCCUCCCUCAACUCCGCCAUGUCCUCCCCCGCCUGCCCCUACGGGCCGCCGGGCUCGCCCUACAGCGUGUACAGAGACACUUGCAACUCCAGCUUGGCCAGUCUCAGACUGAAAUCCAAGCAGCACUCCACUUUCGGGUACAGCAGUUUGCAAAGCCCAGGAUCUAGUCUAAACGCCUGUCAGUACAACAGCUGACGGACUAACGAGGGCCCAAGCAGCGUGAGAGAGGAAGCUCUGGGGGCUUGAUAACAAACAAAACAAACACGGACCAGAAAUCUUUUGCAAGAGACGCCAAAAUCUAAUACACGGAUGAGUUGCAAUUUUCCUCUGGAUUAUGCGGGUUGUAUGUGUUUACUUGAACUUGCACAGGAGUUUCUAAAGCGUCCACUUUAUUAUAGAGCUGAAGAGUGGAAGGGGAAGCCGGGGGUGGAUGGAUGGUGGUAAAGGCUGGGGUUGUGCUGCCCAGUUUGUGGUAGGGGAAGAGGUUUGGUUAAUGUUUACCACUGACAAAAAAAAAAAA